GACAUGGGAGUCCUGACUAUAGUUCAAUCUGAAAAUGGUUAUUUAUUUUGUGGUGUUCAAGGUGGAGAUAUACAGAUAUGGGAUCUUGAAACGUAUCAAAUGAUUCGUUCCAUCAAAGGACAUUCGGACGACGUGCUAUCAGUGACAAUCAAAGGAACAGGUUUUGUUAGUGCCUCGGCAGAUGGAAAAAUCAAUUUAUGGAGUGAAGGGUUCGAAUUGGAAGAGUCAAUCAAGCAAGAUAACGGUGUCUUGCUGUCCUUGACACACUCCCAAGAUUAUAUUGUUACAGGGGGUACGAAUCACACGAUCAAAUUUUGGAACACUCAGCAUCUGACCUCCCCUGUCGAUAAUGCGCGAAAAAGCAGCGACUUGAAUGAUGUGAACUCGGGUGAUAUGAUGCUGUCAGUACUGGAUAGAUGGGUCUCGAUGCGAACAGUUAGUGGGAUGCCUAAAUACUCAGAAGAAUGCCGAAAGGGUGCGCGGUUUCUAAAGAAUGUAUUUCAAAGCCUUGGAGCACAAAGCCGGAUGAUUCCCGGCGCUAGUGGGCGGAAUCCUCUUGUGUAUGGAAAGUUUUUUGCCAAUCAAAUACAAUCUGGAAAGGAUGCCAAAGACCCAUCUUUUAAGACAUUCGAGAAGCCAAAGACAGUUUUAAUUUAUGGACACUAUGAUGUUAUCCCAGCUGAGAAUGCAAAGGGUUUGUGGGAGAGUGACCCUUUUAAGCUAUCUGGAAGAAAUGGGUAUUUGUAUGGAAGAGGUACCAGCGAUAACAAGGGACCGAUAUUAGCAUGUAUCUUUGCUGUCCAUGAGCUACUAAAACAAGGUGACCUGGAUGUCGAUGUGUUGUUUCUUAUUGAAGGAGAAGAAGAAAAUGGAAGCAUAGGGUUUCAAGAGGCGCUUGAUGAGCAAAAGGCAGGUCUGAUCUGGAGAAUACAACCAUUAUUUGAAGGCGUGGAUGUAAUACUUCUCAGCAACUCUUAUUGGCUGGGUGAGGAUGUACCUUGCUUAACUUAUGGACUAAGAGGUGUCGUACACGCAUCUAUAACAGUGUAUAAUGGACUUUCAGACCUUCAUUCUGGUGUCGAAGGAGGGGCCAUGUCAGAGCCUUUAGUGGAUUUGAUUCAUGUCUUGGGAAAACUCAUCGACACAAAUAAAAGAGUACUUGUACCAGGCUUUUAUAAUGACAUUCGCCCUAUAACUCCUGCUGAAGACACUCUUUAUGAUCCAAUUGUGAAAUGGUUACAAAGGUCUACAGAUAAACCCCUGACAUCUUCUUCUAGGUCCCAGCAUUCUUGUAUUACACCUUCUUCUUUUUCCGACAGCGGGAGUGAGACAAGUGAAUAUAGUAACGAGAAUGGGUUAAAGCAGCAACUCAUGGUGCGUUGGCGAUAUCCAACCUUGAGUGUACACAAGAUUGAUGUGUCAAUUAAUAAUCCAACAAUCAUUCCACGUAACGCAAAAGCAGUGAUUAGUAUGCGUGUUGUUCCUGAUCAAAAGAUAUCAGACAUAUGCAACAGCUUUCAAAGCUAUACAAAAAAAGUAUUUCAGGACAGCAAGACAGAAAAUAUGAUAUCAGUUCAAAUAGAAAGUGCUGCAGAUUACUGGCUUGGCAAUCCAGAAAACAAGUAUUUCAAAGCAGCAGAGGAUGCUAUUGAAAAAGAAUGGCAGAUCAAGCCAUUGUAUAUUAGAGAAGGCGGCUCUAUUCCAGCCGUCAGGUUGUUAGAAAGGUUUUGUAAUGCACCUGCAAUUCAUUUCCCUAUGGCCUCUGAUCAAGCACACUUACCCAAUGAGCGUAUCCGACUAUUGAAUUUGCACGCUGGUAGAAGGAUCAUAAAAAACUUUUUGAAGACAGUAGGGACCCAGAAAGAGAAAAGAGUAGAAUAG